CAGGACGUAUGGAAACAUGGCGGCGUACUGCGAUUCGAGAUCUACCCCUCUGUUUUAACGUUUUAAAACUCAUUCAUCUGCGAUGAUAAAAACACAAGAAGAAAUGGAGAAGAUGAUGCUGCCUGCUGAGCAGGAGAAGGAAGACAAAGGAAGCAAAGAAGAUGGGCAAAAAGAAAAAGAAGAGAGUGAGAAAGAUGGAGACGCUAAACUGGAAGGUGGUGGAGAUGAUAAAGACAAAAAACCUAAAGCCAAGCGUAAUGCUAAAGGUAGAAAAUUCAAACGGCCGGCUAAAGCAAAGGACAAAAAACAAUCUGAUGUCCUGAACCUCAACAAUGAGGUGGUGAAUAUGAGGAAGGAGGUGAAGAGGGUGAGGGCUCUGGUCAUCAGGAAGCUGACACGUCAGAUCGUCAAUCUCAAGAAGAAGAAGGGGAAGGAGGCGGAUUUGGAGAGGAAUCAGAGGAGAGCGGCGAGGCUGCUGGAGGAGGUGCACGCCAUGAAAAAGCUCACACCAGACCUGGUGACUAAAACGGCCCUGCAGAAAAACCUCAACUUUGAAAAAGUGUGCAAAAACCCCAAGUCGACCAUUUCUGACCGGGCUACCGCCCGCAUCGCCUCCCACCCUCAGUUCGAUAAGAAGAUCCAGGCCAUCAAAGCUGCUGUGAAAGCUUUUAAAGAAGAGCGAAUGAAGGGUGGGAAGCUGGUGGAGAAGGAAAAUGUGCAGAAGCCAGUGGAAAAACCUCAACAGCCUCAACAGAUGGAGAAGAAAGAGGAAGCUGUUUCGGUGAUUCCUCAGAAAGCGACAGACGACAAGGUCAGAGUCAAAGUAAUCGAAGACACUGACGGCGCUACAGUUGGUGAAACAGAGGAAAAAGCUUGCUCAGAGGCUCCUGCCACUGUUCAGACACACACAACACCAGAGUCGAAGAGCGAAGAACCUGCAGAAACAUGUGGCGCGAAGGACAAAGAGAAACCGAAGAUUCAGAGUCAAGAUGCUGAAAAGCCACCCAGUCUGGAGCCUGACCCCGCUGAGCUGCAGGGGUCAGCGGUGUCAACAGAUGACGAAGAGAGUGACCUGGAGUCAUCUGAAGGCGAGGAGGAGAAAGAGUACUUCGAUGACAGCACAGAGGAACGUUUCCACAAGCAGUCCUCCCAGUCGGAGGACAGUGAAGACGACGACUUCUUCUUGGGGAAAGUGAGCAAGUUCAAGAAGAAGAAAAAGACUAAAGAAGAAGGGGAAGAGAAAAAGGUGGAGGUGAAGAAGGGCAGCGAGCCGCCUUCAGAUAAGUUGCAAAGUGAACUUGAUGAGCUGGAGUCCAGGCUGAAGUCGAAAGGGAAACCCUGUCAGUCAGUGUUCUGCUCCUCUCUCGCCGGGGCCAAAGCAGGCAGGGGUGGAGGGACGGGCAGAGGCAGAGGCAGAGGAGGGGAUCGAGGCAGAGGUUCGAAAGGUGGCAGCGGACCAAGUAGAGACUUUCAUCAACAAUCAAAAUUCCAAAAAGGUUCAGAAAGCAGUUCGGUGUCCAAAUACAGCAAGCCCUGUCCUGAAGCGAGGCAGCCAGAGUCCGGAGAAAAGGGCUUCGCAUCUGCCGGGAGAGGAAGAGGGAGGGGACGCGGCCGGGGAGACGCUUUCAGGCAGAAAGAUCCCCGAGUCUCUUCCCAUCAGGCACCACAGCAGGCGCUGCAUCCGUCCUGGGAGGCCAGUAAGAAAAGGAAGGAGCAACAGGGACAGAUCCUGGCCUUCCAGGGAAAGAAGAUCAAGUUUGAUGACGAUGACUGAGAAUUUUUUAUAAAUUUGUACAUUCGACUGUCUUCUGUGCUAAUGGUUAUUUAAUAUUCAGUAUGAACCAGAAUCGAGCGUAAAAGUCAUCUUUCGAUCUUGUAUAAAACAAUAGAAUAGAAUAUCUCAGAGUGUUGGGAAAGAGGUUUGAUGUUGACUGGGUUGUGCUGUACAUUGAGGGUUGGUAUGGACUGAUUUUGGGGAGGACGGGAGCUCAUACACAAGCUGAUUAUUUUAGUCCAUCAGUCUCGGCUUAAUCCAACGCUUGAAGCAACAGAUGACACAUUUCAUUACAGUCUGAUGCACAGAUCACUUGUGGAAAUGACAAUUUUAAUAUUGAAGGAUUGAGUGUAUGCUACAGUUGGAUAUUUUUAAGGGUGGUUAGAAAGGGUACAUCACUCGCUUCCAAGUUAUGAAAAGCAGUAGCAAGUACAUGCCUGCCUCCAUCCAUUGUCACUAACUUUGUUUAUAAAGUGCACAAUAAAUGCAUUCAAAUGCAUCUGAAUGAGAAAGAAAACUACAAAACCAUCUGACACAGGAGAACAUGCAUAAGAAUACUGCCGGAUAAAGUGUUUCCCUAGUGUCAUUCUCUGCUGUGAAAUAAGUCUUUUCUAAUAAUUUAUGUGUGCUAGUCAACAGUAUAACAAAUGAACAGUAAAGAUAUGAAACUUGUACAAACCAGGUUUCACUGUUUUUUUUAUUUCACACAACCCGGAAUACUUGUUAACAUUUUGUUUUUGUAUAUAUAUAUAUAUAAAAAUUUAGUGCACCAAUACCUUCU